AUGUGCGUCACCAACGUCUACGUUGACCGUUACCCAGACGGCAAGGAAAUUGAGUUCCGUCAAACAUCAUUCUGUCAAUAUGGUCAACCUGGCCGACCUUGCCAGAAGCUUUCCACUGUCGAGAACCCAGUCCGAAAGAUCCAAUUCGGAGAACCAACAACAGAGUACAUGAUGACCGCUCACCACCGGACAUUCCCUCAAACACCACCCCGUUCCGCAGGCAGCUCCCGCCACCGUCAUUCUGGAGACUACUCAUCCGAAGACGGACGUCUCCACCGCCGCAAAUCCAAACGACGCAGCGACGUCCCAGCGUUAAAACCAACACGUACCCACCGCAAAGAGCGCAUCAUCAUCGUCGACUCUCCCCCAACACCAAGAACACCACCCCAAACAUUCCGCACCUUUACGGCGCCAUCAUCCCCAGCCUCACCACCCUUCGGAAAUGGCAGUCCUCUCCCACUUCCCCGUGAACAGCGUGAGCGAGGCCGCCCCGUCAUCGUCGACGAGCGUCCUCUCCUCCGUCACCCUCGCGUCCCCUCCAUCGGCGCCGUCGUAGGCGAGCGUCCCAUCCCCCGCCGCGCACGCUCUCAAUCCAGAAACAUAGCGUGGGACUCUCCAUCCUCAUCGCAUACUUCCUUCGACUCGCGGGCUCGUCGCGAAGCCGAAGAGCAAGAGCGUCGCAUCGCAGCCGAGCGAGACCAGCGCAUCGCGGCUUUAGAGGCCGAGCGUCGUCGCGAACAGCGCAUUCGUGAGCAGGAUGAGGAGAUUAGACGACGACCAGCAGUGCCUAUCCCGCCUCAGCCGUUGCGAGAGAGGCAGUUCUUGAGACCCGUGAUCGACCAGAGUGAGGCUUUGCAUAGCAUGUUGGAGAAUCUGGCGAUUAGAGAUGAGAGGGGAUUAGCGCAAGAGAGGGCGCUAAUUAGUGAGAGUGAGAUGAGGAGGAGGAUGGAGGAGAGAGAAAGGGCUGCGAGAGCGAGAUUGUUUGAGCGCGAGGAAGAACUGAUGAAGGCGAGGUUGCGGGAGAGGCAGAUGCCGAGACGGAGGUUCUCGGUUGGGCCGGGGAAUAGGAGACAUCGUGUGCUCUAUGAUGAUGGAGUUUACCGUUACGAGUGA